ACCAGCAUCAAUCAUCAUCACAUCAAAAAAUCAGAUCGUGCCAUCGGAAUUGGCUUGUCCCAUUCGAAAAAGUCUGUUGAAGUAUAUUAUCAGUAAUUUAUCUAAUUAUCGCGGUUAAUUUUAUGAAAAUCCAUAUAUUUCCUAAAGUAUACAACUAUGAGUGAAGCAAACGGUAAUGUUAUCCAGUGGAAGAAGUUAUGGCAGCUGAUCUCCGGAAUCCACUACGAAACGCCGAAUGCCGUUGUCCGGGACAGACUGAUGGAUGUUUCAAAGCAGCUAACAGAUGGCAUUAUGACGUAUAAAAAAGCUUCCAGCGAUAAGGCAUCCGAAGAGCAGUUGAAAAAGGUUGUGAAAGAGCGCAAUCAGCAGAAAUUGAUGUCAUUUGCUGUUAGACUGUACCAGUAUUUGGAUAUCGAUGCUCUGCAAGCGUGGAAUAUACUCUGCUUUUAUCUCGUCAAUGAGUAUCGUGGCCCGGCUAAUGCGCUGGCGGAUUAUCUCGUCACCGAGAGUUCGAUGCUGACACUGCUGUCUGAUAUUUGGUCUUACUACAGUUUGGAGAGGAUGGUGCUAUUGAAGAUAGUCAAAAAUCUGCUCGAAUUUUACAAUUCCGGAAGUCAUCCAUACUCGAAGGAGUAUAGAACCAUCAUUGAUAACAUUGGCCUAGCCCACCUCAGAACUUCGUACAUCAAUCAGUUGAAGUGUUUGAUAAACGAAACAAUGCUAAGGAAGCUGGUUCCAGGAGAUUUGUUCAACAAUCAAGCGAAAAUGGUUUCCUGGUCAGAGCGGAAGUUGAGAGAAAUUAAUGAGAUUUUACACAUAAUUCUUAUGAUUAUUCAUAUCGAUGGCAUCGGUGCGAAUGAAUUUUGUGGCUUGUUCAAAUUAUUCAAAGCUCAUGCAUUUGGAAGACAGCAACAAUUCCUUGACACUGCAAAUGAGAACCAUAGCGAUUUAGUGAAACAAAUUACUUUCAGUGAGGUAGCAAUAGUGUGCGAGGCUCUAGAUCUUACUGAGAGGCCGGACAAAAUUGAUUGGGCAAGCAAUGUCAUUAAAGACCUGGACAAUGAGCUGGUCACGCUUCAUCAAUUUCCUGAGCACGGGCCUCUUUUGCUGAUGUGGAUGCUGUUUAAUUUUAGAAUACCCAGCCACUUGGAGGACGAUGAUUUAUCCAACAGGAAUCGACAGUUUGGCUCCAGAGCAAUUCAAUUGGGUGUAUUUGAAUACCUUCAUGCAUUGGUGACUCAUCGAACUUUCAAAGAUCACAGCCUUGUUUGUCGUAUCACUCGAAAAGCAAUCUUCAACCAACUUGGAUUUCUUUGCCAGCUCUUCGAUUCUGAUGGAUCCGUAGCAGACCAUGGGAAAGUAAUAGACCUCCUCAGCGAACUCAUUAGCAGCCCGUCGAUUGCGGUAGAAUUUUGCAAAAAUGAACUUAAUCCUAUUCGAUCACUGUUUGAUACAUCGUUGGAAAGAUUUCCAACGGAAUUUAAACCAUUGGCAACGAUUGCUCACGCGUUGACCUCCGCUGGGCCAAGUUCAUAUAAAUACAUCCACGGGCUUCUGGAAAGCCUUCCAGUUUACAGCGAAAUUUACAACGCGGACAACUAUGAGUUACGUCCUUCGCCCGCCAACGAGGAUGAAUUUAUUCUGGCUCACGAUUAUGUGCCUUUCCGGAGGAUUGGCUUCAAGAUCCCACGUGGCACGAGCGUAGUUGUGCUUGAUAAACGCUCACAUACGAUGGUGCAUUUCCGAACCAAGUUUAAUUUCUAUGAUGCAUUGCAUCAUGAGAUUAAUGAAAUGCUUUCCGAUGCGCUGGCUUAUACUCAACUUAAUGAUGAACGGAUUCAGCGCAUCACCACAGGAAUACGCUAUUUGGCUGUUGCUGUCAAGCGUAUAAAUCAGCCUCACGAGAUUAGCUCCGAGAUGGUGCAUCCCACGGAAAUGGUAUUUGAUAUUCUGCUGAAAUUCAAGGUUGUCCAAAAUCCACCAAUCGAGCUACUGGCGGAGUGUUUGAACGUCUGCGCCGCUCUUGUACCGUUGUUCGAACCCGAAAUUUACGCCCGUGUCAUCAAUUUGAACAUACUUCCUACGAUUAACAAUGUCAAUUUGGACUUCAAGGAUUAUGCUGCCGGUACUAGUUUCGAGUCCAGCUUGAUAGGAUACUAUCUGGUGAACUGUGAGAAAAACGUUGGAAGAUAUCGCAUAUUGAUGGCAUAUCUGAAUUUUUUGAAAACAUACACCAAACUUGGUAAGAGCAACAUUUUCGGUGUGGAAUUGCCAGGUUUAAUAUUCCUAUUGCGGGAAGUAUUUCCGCAUGCUCAUACGUGGAGAUUUGAGAACGAAUCAGAGAGACAAAGGGUGUAUGUAUUCAUCCUGCAAUAUUUAUUUGAAAUACUCCAAUUGAGUCCAGAGAUGUUGAAGAACGAUUAUCCAAGAACAGUUCUUCAAAACGUGUGCGUGUACAGCCUCCUGGAUCUAGACAACGGAUUGACGCUGUUGAAGUUUGUCGGCUUAGGCAAUGGAUAUUUGCAGUCCGUAAUGGAGAACGAAACCAGUUGGAUGAUGGCGCAAGAGCAAAGCAUGAAUCAGCUGGUACAACUAUCGAUGACUAUACUAAUGCAGAUUCUACGACUUAAGCAAACCGUGAUAGGAGAUAAAAAAAUGUUAACACCUCUCGAAUCGGCGAUCUAUACCCAGCCGAAACAGAGGGAUACAUUACGCAUUAUUCCGGUUGUUACGGGUUAUAUGAAUAAUAUAUUUAAUAGAAGGCUUCCCAUACUGUCAUGCAGAUUGCUGAGGCGCUUCUCCCUUGAAUUCAAAAUGUCUCUAUUGGCAUGUCUGGAUAUUGAGCCCGAUCAAAUUCGGCUUAUAUUUCUCCAAAGAUUAAGAGACGAUCUUGAGAGUGAUAAUUUGAAAAUAGCAGUACUAGAAUUUGUGGAAGCAUGCAUCCAUAAGCAACCGGGAUUGACGGAAGCUUUCUUCAAAGUACACUACGACAACAUCGAGAACAGGCUCUUUUUAGGAGUAAAACCGGGUAAGAAAAAGAACAUCAGUGAUGGCAUACCCACCUACAUGGAGGAAUAUCUUGACGCGAUAUCCUGCGAUCCAAAGAAAUUGGCAAGCCCGCUUUUAUCACGAAUUAUGUCUUUGUUCCAUGCUCUUUGGAAAAACAAUAUGCAAGUGUUAUGCAAGGAACUGCUAGAAAAGCAGUCUUUCUGGCCAAGUUUGUGUAAUCCGCUGUUCGGAAACGUUAGUGAAAACAUCAAAGCAUACAGUCAGCUUUUCAACAUACUUGGAAUUGAGCUGUUCAAAAUAGAUGGCCCUCAUAAAGUGGAUAAAAAUCUUAAACAAGUAUACGAAAAGUUCCUGGAUUACGAUGUUUUCUUUCGCUGGGUACGAGCUGUGUUCGACCUACCGAAAUCCAGUGGAGAAAUAGGAGACGACAGUUCUUCCUUUGCAUCGCCAAUCACCGACGAAACUCCCGAAUGGCUAAGCCGUUUACAAUCCUUCAAAGAUUUGAUAGUUUUAUUGCUGAGGAAAAAAGAUACCGGCAUUUGCCUUCCGGAUCGUAGUAAACGCUUUUUAGUCGAUCAGUGCUUGAACGUUUUAUUGGAGCGUGCAGAAUACGCGGAAGAUCUACGCCCGUUUGUCAUCCUUGCUGAAUUGUAUCUAAUAGUUCUGUCGGACUACGAGCACAAAUAUACUGACAAUACCGAACAAGACGUCGCUGUUUUACAAAAAGUUCAAAAUUUACUUAACGCUCUCGCAAUAAACUACAACGAACUUCAUGGGCGUGCGAAAGAAUCUGUGCUGGCGAUUGUCAUCAAAACCGUAGAAUUACAGGCUGAUCAGCUGAUAGAGAAUGCAACAAUAAUCUCUAGCGUCACCCGAUCGGCAGUGGAUGUCGUCUGUCAAGAAGUGUACGAUCUUGAGACAUCAACAAAAGCCGAAAUCAAAGAACCACUUGCCAAGAUUGCAACUCGUGGACACAUACCCCUGCUGCUGGCUCUUAACUUGCUGAAGAAAUUGAUACUGAUUUAUGAAGAUAAUGGAAGUCCCGCCGUUCGGUGGCAGUGCUGGUUCAUUAGGAACAAAGUAUUUCUGCGAUUGUUGAGCGUAACAAAUGUCAUGCUACAGCUGCAUUCCAAACGGAAGAUCACCGAGGAAGUGCUGGAGCUCCUAGUUGUGCUGGCAAAAAGUGAAUGCUCAGCGGAGAUGCUACACUGCGAAAUCGGAGAUUAUUUGUGGUUGAAACUUUUACCACCUAAAGAGUUGUUGCAGCGACCAUACGCUUUGACUAAUGGAGCUGAUAACAAGUGGAAAUCUCAAGAUUGGUGGGCAAUUUAUACCCGCGGUAUAGAGCUGGUCAGGGUGCUGUUAACCCAACAUAAGUACCGUUUUCUCAAAGACGGCUUGUUUUUUGCUGGAAUACAUGAAGAAUACCUCAUUGACUCGUUACUGCUGGCGAAGCAGUCAAUGGAAGGCAAAGCGGUAGCGCUUAUCAAAGGUACGCUCGAAUUGCUCGUAGAGCUGGUCAACUACGAGAAAGAAUGGAGGUUGGAACACGGUCAAAGUUUGAUUAAUUUGAUGAGAUGUGUACAAGUUCUUAUGGACCACAGCGUUUCAUUAUUGUACCGCCCAAAAAUUCUCAAAAGGCUAGCCGAAGGUCCAUCUGCAGAAAUGUGCAACGAACAGGACGAUCCGAAUGCAGUCGAUACCUCCGAUGAGCUCGUUAGUGCCAUGAACAAUGUAAUUGAGAUUGUGAACCUUUGUGCGAAAUGCCUUUUGAGAUUCAGCCCAAAUUUGUUGAAUCUGCUUUGUGACAUCGAUUUCUUCCCCGGUCAAUGGUAUCCGUUGAUCGAAAUUCAGUUUGGUGUUCCGAAAAUGAAUUCGGACAACUAUUCACAACUCAGCUUUGGAAGCGUUUUGAGAGCGGUUUGCAUAUUCACAAAAGUUUUGAAUGUGCAACAUUAUUCGUUUCAAGAGAACCCCCUCAACCACCUUCCUGCCGGCGAAGAAGAUAACGUCGAUACUAUAGCAACAUUAUCUAACGCAUCAUUAGCUCGACUUAACAAAUCUGCGAUAGCCAGUAGUGCGAAUAGUAUCAGCCGACAGUCAAGUCCUCGAAAACCUUUCUCCAAGUCGCUCUCAAUGACAUCGGUGUCCAGUUUCACAUCGACCAAUGCUAUUGCCCUUUCUAACGAGCUCCUCACACAUUUGGAUUCGAAACUCUGCAUCAGCGGCUUAGAAUUCGUUCUCACAUUACUGGCAUCUCAAAGUUUGCUUGCCUUGAAGGAUGCCAAUUUAUCGCAACGAGAGAAGCAACUUAUCAAGCGAGAAUUGAGCACUGAGUUGCUUAUUUUCCAUGAUUUUGUUAAAAAACGUAUCCUGAAGGAUUCCAAGGAAAUACUUGCCCGCAAAAAAUACGGCUCCGUUCCAAUCUAUAAUGAUGAUGUAAAUGAAGAUGACAACGAGCACAGUAAAGGCAACCCUUCGAAAGCAAAGCCGCCUGUAGUCAGUUCUAAGAAGCCAGACCGCAGCCAGUCGAUGCGAGUGAAUGUUGUUUUAAAGCAACAUUUACAACAGGCAGCCUCGUCACCGUUGAGUCCCAUAGCGCACUCUGCGCGGCCAGAUCCUGCCUUGCAUAAGCCGUCUUCGUCGACCCCCGCAACUGGGCCUCGGGGCAUUUUGAAACCAUCCAACGUGGGUUCGGUCAAGCGCGUGAUGUUUGACGAGGGUUUGGAGAGCAGCAAAUCUUUCGCCUUUACGGGCCCUGAGGACGAUCCCGUCUUUUACGAACCGGAAGAUUGUAAGUACACAGGACUGUCGUACGUGAGAAUCGUCGAAGAGGAUUAUUUGCACUUAAUGUCGAAUUUAUUCUCCAUAAUAGCACAAAGUGAAAAUUAAUGUUACGGGAAUGUAUAUAAUUAAAUAUAAGUUCUCAUUUUAAAUUUCAAUAAAUUUUCUGUAUUACCAAGAA